AUUUAAAAAAACCAAAUAAUAAUAAUUUAAUAAUUAAGCAAAAAUGAAAAUAAACUAUAAAACAUGUCCGUUAUUUAAACAUUAAUUCAACAUUCCCUUCGGUCUAAUCAAAUUGUGAUAGUUAAAUAGGUUGUUUACUAAUAAUUGAUAAUGGAUUUAUUUGCUAUACUUUUUGUAGCCCUUAUUUCCCUAAUGUUCGGUAUUAUUUUAACGAUUUGCGUGCAGUAUUAUGUAUUUUACGUUUACCUUAGGAAAAGCCCUAGAGCUAGCAGUUUUACACACAAAAAAUCAUUGGAUUAUAAUUUGCCAAAUGCUAUAAAAAAGCAGCUAGAGGCAGGAGACGUCGCCGGAGAUAAAAGCAAAAGUGGCUUAGCUGUAAGCCUCAUAUUGCAAUUUUUAUUUCAUGAAUUGAGACACUCUGAGACUAUUAAAAGGUGGCUCUAUAAAAAACUAUCCAUGGAAUUUGAUGAAUUACUAACUAAAACUACAAUGGGAAAGUGUUUUGAUUCUAUAAGUAUUAAAGAUAUGCACUUAGGCUCACAAUUUCCCGACAUAAAAGACAUCACAGUUGAAAAUGUAAAAUUGGACAAGAAAGAGGAACACAUUGAGGUACUAAGUCUUGGACUAAAUUUAGACUAUACUGGUAAUUUUUUGUUAUGCAUCGACGCCAAAAUGAAAUUCAGUAAAACUGCUUAUCUUUCCAUUAAAGUUAAAAAAAUCUGCGGUUCAGUAAGGCUACAGUUUUCCAGACAACCAUACACACAUUGGUCGUUUGCUUUCCACACUGAGCCAAUUUUGGAUUUGGCUGUAGAGUCCCAUUUUCAAGGCAGACAACUGCAGGCGAAUAUAACUAAUUUAAUCGUGAAUCAAAUUAAGAAGGCCAUCAAAAGGAAACAUACUUUGCCUAAUUAUAAAAUUCGAUAUAAGCCCUUUUUUGUUAAAACUGACCCCAGUCAACUAGACAUGGAAGAAAACGAAAUGUCACUUCAAGGCACAUUGAAAAUGAAUGUAUCUGAAGUUUCAAGACUAUCUUAUCCUGAGACAGUUCAAAAUGUAUAUUUAACCAUAGCUGUAGAUUCUAUUCCCUGGAUCUCAUUGUACCAAAAAGACGAAUCAAUGAUCAUGACACUGGAAAUCACAAUGACAAAAUUAAAGCAAACCCAACUGGGAGUGAUUUUUAGACAAGAGACUGCCUUGGUAGUUGUUGACAGCGUGGCGAGUAAUUCCCCGGCGCACCAAGCAGGACUUAGACCAUCAGAUGUUGUUAUUUCAGUUGAAAACAAAUUGGUCUCCACCGUAACUCAAGUAGCCAAAUACAUGAAAUCUGUAGCAGGGACAAAUGUCACUUUACAGGUGGAACGUUCAGUAGAAAACUAUAUCACCAAGUGGAAAUUAUUUCCAGAAGAGAAAGAGCCUAAUACUGUAACCGGCUUAGAAGGAAAAUGCGAAGAUAGCGAGACAGAAUUGACUCAAAUAGAACAAGAGUCGUUUGUUAUAAUUGAAAAUGUAAAAAAAGAUGAGCGCAAGCCACGAUCUCCAAAAAUGAUGCCUAGCAACGAAAAUAUGGCCAAGUUAGCGCAGACGAUAAGUAGUUUUAGUUUACGCAAACGCAAAGGUGCUGGAGCAUCUCCUAGCACACCUCGGUCCAACUCAAAAGCAGCCACACCCUUAAAAAAGAAUUCCGUAUGCGAUUUACCAGAAAUAGUAAGAACUGAAGCGGACACUAUGGAAUGCGAACAAAUUUUUUCGCAAAUCGAAGUCUUCAAAGGCAAAGAACUACCUGCUGAUGAUGUUUUGCCAUUUGACGACGAUUUUAGGUUUUUGGCCAAAGAUGGAGCCAAAUAUAUUAAUGUGAAUGCUUGGGGCACUUCUACUAAUUGUCCCGAUAUUCUUUUGGGGUAUUUGAAUGUUCCAAUAAAUCAUGUAGCGUCCGAGUGUUCUAGUAGUGUAUUGGGGCAUCAUUCUAGACGAUAUUCAUUCUUGCCACCAGGUGUAACAUCGACAGCCACAGCCCAUCCAUUACGAGCCCACUCCGGAUUUGAACACGUAUUUUGCUUUGGCGAUGCCCUAUUAACAUUUGCCUGGACUCCUACAGAAAAUGUUGAACUUCCCAGGAAAAUUUCUGUAACUAUGGACACUAAGACUGAGUUAUCUGGAUUUUUACCCAGAAAUAAACAUGAUUUCGUUCGGACUCAAUUCCACGGAACUACGCACUGUGAUUUUUGUUCGAAAAAGAUUUGGUUGAAAGACGCAGUUCAAUGUAGACAGUGUACCAUGUGCUGCCACAAAAAGUGCGUAGCCAAAUGUCAAACUAGUAAUGGCUGUACUAGCGACAGGCCGCCACAGACAAGGACCAGUGAAGUAUCACUUAAUGAUGUAAUCCUACAGACUGAAGGGAGUUUGGAGGACGUUGAUAGUUUGGAUAAUGGCAGCUUGAAGCGCAACACACUGGCAGUUUCCGGAAAAGCAGUUCGGACGGCAAUAAGCAAGAGAACGGUGGAAGGCAUAGUUCUGUUCGAUAAACGUCUAGGGGCGUUGCAUUAUGCAAACUUGAAAAAAAAAGACGAAUUUAUGAGAGCCUCGGCUCUGGCUCAUAUACAAAAGUUCCCAAAAAUGGCGUCGCUCUUUUGUAGAAAAUCGACUUCAAAAGAAUAUUUACAUCCCGACUUAAACGUGAAGCAAAUGUUUAACUUGUACCAAGAAGAGAGCCUGGAGCAGCCAAAAUGCAGCUACCAUACUUACCCUAGAGUAUUUGAAUCACUGAAUCUGUCCUUCCACCAUUCCAGGAAGGACCAAUGCAGUCUUUGUUUGUCGUACAGGGAAGGAUCUCCAGCGUUUUCAUCGCGUAGUUUACCUCCUAGCCCUCAAAGGACCCCGAGCAGAAAGCAAUCCCUUGUGGCAAUAACAAAUCCAUUCUUGUUAUGUUCUACGGCCCUAGAUGAAGUACAAAAAAAUCCGGCGGAAGCCUACGAGACGGUUUCCAAACUUCUAGAACAGGUGAUGCAGUGUCCAUCGGAUGAAACCCUAAUGGACAAUGCCAAAGAAAGCGGUCAAAAAAUGUACGCAAAUUUGAGUGUAGAAGAGAAAAAAGAAAAAAUUAAUCUUAUGAUGGCCGAAUUGAAAAAGACCCUUGACCUGUCCACUGCCGAACACAUGGAUCUAACGAAAAAACUCGGUUCUGAGGAGUCGGAAGUGGAAAAAGCCAAAUUGGCUUUUAUGAUUGGACAAGCCGAUGCCAAAGUUCACGCCCUCUCCGUUUUGAUGUUGCACUAUUGUUCCGGGCUGCAGUAUACCCAAGAAAAAAUUGUUUAGUAAGUAUCGUGUGAUCAUUUAAAAUCGACUAUGGAGGUGGUUAUGAUUUUGAAAAUGUCGAGUAUACCACCUUGAUUGUUAAACUUCUUUCUUGUCAGCUUUUAUAGAGACGAUGUUAUGUUUUGAAAUAAUAACAGCCACACUAGAGUCGAGUGUAUGAUCCGCAUAAGAAAAUCACAAUUUUUAGUUAGGCAACAUUGUCAGGAUAUAAAUAUUUAAAAACAUUGUUCGAGUAUUUAUUUUGGUUCCUAUACUUUUUAGACCUAAUAUAGAGCUAAAUAUCGAUAAAACAGACACCCGGAAUCGUUUAAAAAAAUUGAAAUCUUAGAGAAGUGUGAGGUAUAUCGCAAUAGAUUUUUGUAAGGUAAAAAUGCUUAAAGUUUACAACCAUCGUUUCGAAACAACUUGUUAGAUAACUUUAUAUCACAACAAUUAUCUAUUCAUUUGAUCGUAUCUGAGCUGUUAUAUCCUGUUGUAGCUUGCUGAUCUCGUAUUUAAGUUCUUUACUCAAGAAGUGAUUUGGUAACAUUGAUCAAAUCAUCAUCAUGAGUCCCAAAUUCUUCCUGGA